AUGGCUGUCGACAUAGUGAAGACGAUCUUCGCCCGCAAACCCAAGGUCGUGCAGCCGCCUAGGGUAGCAACCGACGAUGUUUAUCCGGUCCACUUCUUCGAUGACACGAAGCCCUUCCGAGAGAUGCUUCUCAACUGGACAUUGAGGUUUGACGACGUCCUCGACGCGGACAAGCUUGAAACCGCUCUUGCCAGGCUGCUCGAGAUUGGUGACUGGAAGAAGUUUGGAGGUCGCAUGCGCUUGACGGAUGACGAUAGGCUGGAACUUCAUGUACCACAAGUGUUUACGCCGGAACGCCCAGCUAUCCGCACCUCCCACGAUGUACAUGAUUGCAGCAUCAAUGACCACGAAGUCGCCAAGCACCUCCCGAGGACGACGAGCGAACCAUCCAUCCAACCGGGCGUUGUCAACUUUUACAACCUCGGCGCCCGUUCCGACGCCCCCAUGACCCUCGAAGACCUCCUCUCCUCCGAUGAGCCCCAGAUCCACCUCCACAUCGUCUCGUUCAACGAUGCCACCGUCAUCGGCCUUCUCUUCUCCCACGUCCUCUUCGGCGCCGCCGGUAUGCAGUCCCUCGUCGUCAACUGGUCUCGUGUCCUCGCCGGCCGCGAGCACGAGGUGCCCGCCCUCUGCGGCAGCCGUCAAGACAUUCUCGACGACGUCGGCGUCGCCUCGGACCCGGAUAAGGAGCCCUUCAUCCUCGACCACCGCCACCUCAAGGGCCUGCGCCACUUCCGCUUCACCCUGCAGACCGUGUGGGAUAUCUUCCGCCGCCCAGAAAUCGAAUCCAAGAUCCUCUGCCUGCCGGCCAAGUUCGUGUCCGACCUCCGCGCCCGCGCCAUGGCCGACCUGCACGCCAUGGACGAGAAGGGACUCGGCGGCGAGGAGGCCCCCUUCGUCAGCGAGGGCGACGUCCUCACCGCCUGGUGGACCCGUCUCGUGUGCACCGCCCGCGGCAGCAAGCGCUCCGUCACCGUCCUCAACGCCGUCGACAUCACGGGCCGCCUCAGGUCCGUCUUCGCCCCGGACAAGCACUACGUCCAGAACGUCGCCCUGGGCACCUGGACCAUCCUCAACUCCAACGAGGUCGUCAAGGCGCCCCUCGGCUACGGCGCCCGCUGCUUCCGCUACGACAUCCAGACCCAGACCACCCCCUCCCAGAUCAUGGCCUACAUGCGCCGCCUCCGCGAGGGCGGCCGCUGCGGCAAGCAGCCCCUCUACGGGAAGCCCGACAGCAUGCUCAUCAUCUUCACCAACUGGGCCCGCUGCAAGUUCUUCGAGUGCAUCGACUUCAGCCCGGCCGUUAUCCCCCGUCCCGCCGACUCCGAGGAGGCUACCGUCGUCGUCGUCGACACGGAGGAGGCCGUUGCCGACAAGACGUCCGAGGACAGCGAAAUCACCAGCGCCAGCAGCACCGGCGACCCGGAGAAGCGCGCUCCCGAAGAUACGGUGACCACCGAGGUGCUGCCGCCGCCCCUCGGCCGUCCCCCGCCGGGAAGGCUCUCGUACCACCACUCCCUCGCGCGCACGCGCACCGUGCUCUCCCGCAACGUCUUCACGAUCCUGGGUAAGGAUCUGCAGGGCAACGUAUGGGUCUCGGCCCUAGGACACCCGGAGUGCUGGGAACAUUUGGAGAAGGCGAUUGCCGAGGCGAGCUGA